GCAGCAUGUUUGUUCCGGUACAACUGGCUGUCCUUCGUCUACCUCAUCUACCUCUUGCUGAUCCCACUGUUCGCCGAGCCGACGAAGACCACGAUGCGAGGACACACAGGGCGUUUGCUGAGAUCGCUGUGUUUCACCAGUGUGACGUUCCUGCUUCUGCAUCUCAUCUUCCAAAUCACGAUCAACAGCCUGAUGGCAGGAGACAACAUCGAGCCCGACUUCAACUGUUCGUCGUGGGAGAGAUCCAUACGACAGCUGGGGUUUGAAAGUGUCCGAGGGGCAGACGCCGGGAACGGCAUCCGCGUGUUCAUCCCGGACAUCGGCAUGUUUGUGGUGGGUCUGGUGACGUGGCUCCUGUGCCGGAGUCUGGAGAAGCCCACGCUCAAGGACCUGCAGCACAACAGCCACGAGCAGGAAAAGGAGGAUGAAGAAGAAGACAAGAAAAGUGAGAAGCUUGAGGACGAGCUGCUGUUCGAAGACUUUGAGCUGGGCGAUGAAGACUGUGCUCUUCCUGAGGAUGAAGAAGAUGACGACGAAGAAGAAGAAGAAGGAGAACUCGAGGAGGCCGACGUCGAAGAAAGUACCAAGAUGAAGAUCCUGCGGCAGAUAGCAGACGUGGCGUCCAAACUCAAAGAGAUCAUUGGCAAUCUGAUUACCACUGCAGGAAAAGUAGUCGUAACCAUAUUAUUGGGCCUCACAGGUAUGAUGCUGCCGUCUUUGACCUCCAGUGUGUAUUUCUUCACCUUCCUGGGCCUGUGCACCUGGUGGUCCUUCUGCCGGUCCUUCGACCCGCUGCUCUUCAGCUGUCUGUGUGUCCUCAUGGCCAUCUUCAGCGCCGGACACCUCGUCAUGCUCUUCCUGUACCAGUUCCAGUUCUUCCAGGAGGCCGUUCCACCCGGGAACAGCUACGCCAGUCUGUUUGGCAUUUCUCCUGUGGUGAAGACCGACUGCUCGCACACCUGGAUGUUUAAAGUGAACCCUGACCUGCCGUGGCACCACUUCGUCAAUCCCAUCAUGCUCUUGGUGCUGUAUUACACCCUGGCCACACUCAUCCGCCUCUGGCUUCAGGACUCAGAGGACAUGCAGGAGGGAGAGAGAGAGGAAGGAGAGGAACCGGCGUCUCCUGAGAGCGAUCCCGCCGUUCACACUGCGGACACGAAGAGGCGGCUCUGGAGAAUGGCACACUAUCGCACGGAUAAGAGAAAUCUGCUCACCACACAAGACGGCUACAGCUCCCCCGAGGUGUUGGUCGUCACUAAUGGAGCUUCGCUGGACUUCACGUCGGGUCCUCGUGAGAAUGGACCGAAGUCUGUGGAUCUCUACUCAACCCCUCAUUAUAAACCCGGCCGACCCGAGUCUGAUCCACUGAAAAUGGACUGCGGUGUUUACAAGAUGGACUCGGCGUAUGUUGAGCUUCCAGAGGUCCCGCAGGCGUUUGGUGUUGUGCGUGUGAACUCGGCGGUGAAGGCCUUCCGGUUCAUCAUGAAGCAGAGCUACAUCUGCGCCCUCAUUGCCAUGAUGGCUUGGAGCAUCACGUAUGUGAGCUGGCUGACCUUUGUCUUCCUCAUCUGGUCGUGUACGCUGUGGAUGGUGCGGGACCGGAGGAAGUACUCAAUGAUCACCUCUCCAUUCAUGGUGUUUUAUGGGAACUUGCUCAUCAUCCUGCAGUACAUCUGGAGCUUUGAGUCCCUCAAACCAGUGCCUGGGCUCUUCCUGAAGAAAGAAGUGCCCUUCCGGGAAUUGGGAUCGAAAACUCUGUGCCUCCUCAGUUUCUGGCUGUUGCUCAGACAGUUUCUGACUGAGAGGAGAGAGAGAAAGACGGACGAGACGCUUCUGUGUGACGUCAGGGUGGAUGGACACACACUCGAGGAGCACGAGGCCGGUGGACACCGAGAGAUGAUGGAUGUGCUGGGACGGACAGUCAUGGCCAUGUUCAACAAAUACUGGAUCUACAUCUGCGGAGGAAUGUUCUUCUUCGUCAGCUUCGAGGGACGCAUCGUCAUGUACAAGAUCAUCUACAUGAUGAUGUUCCUGUUUUGUGUUGCACUUUAUCAGUUGCACUAUGAGCGGUGGCGAUGGAUGUUGAAGUAUUUCUGGAUGUCAGUGGUGGUCUACACCAUGCUGGUGCUCAUUCUGGUCUACACUUUCCAGUUCGAGUCCUCCAUAAACGUGUGGUCCAACAUGACUGGCAUGAGCAGAGAGAAGCUGGAGGAUCUCGGUCUGGAGAAGUUCUCGGUUCCGGCUCUGUUCACUCGCAUCUUCAUCCCCACGUCGUUCCUGCUGGUGUGUAUCCUACAUCUGCACUACUUCCACGAGCGCUUCCUGGAGCUCACCGACAUCAAGUCAGUGGCCGACAAACAGAAGAGCACGAUCUCCAGGCUGGUGCAUCUGGACGGCAGUCUGGUGGACAUCUCCAUGGUCAAGCCCACGCUCGACUCCAGCGCCAGCCCAGGCGAGGUAGAGGAGACCGCAGACCUGGAGGAAGAGGAAGAGGAGGAGGAGUUCAAACAAAUGGACGAGGAGGAGGAGAAGUCUGAGCCACACGUCGUUCCUAAGAGCGACACCUGCCCGAUGAUGCCGGACCCGGCGCCAGACCAGGGGUCAGCGCUGAGGAAUAAGUGGCACCUGGUGGUGGAGCGUCUGACGGUGUUGUUCCUGAAGUUCCUGGAGUACGUGCAGAAGCUUCAGCUCUUCAUCUGGUGGCUCCUGGAGCUCCACAUCAUCAAGAUCGUCUCCUCCUACAUCAUCUGGGUCUCAGUCAAAGAGGUGUCGCUGUUUAACUACGUGUUUCUGGUGAGCUGGGCCUUCGCUCUGCCGUUCUCCCAGUUCAGAUCGCUGGCGUCGAGUGUGUGCACCGUCUGGACCUGCGUCAUCAUCGUCUGCAAGAUGCUGUACCAGCUGACCUCCAUUAACCCUUCCACAUACUCAAAGUCCUGCAGUAUGCCUAAUAACUACACCGAGGCACAAAGGUUGGACAUGGCCAAGUCUCUUCUCUACAGCGGCCCGGUGGACCCGGCCAACUGGAUCGGGCUCAGAAAGUUCUCUCCACUACUGGAGAACCUGAGGAAUAAUUUAUUGAUGUUGGCCCUCUUGGCGUUCGAGGUGACGAUUUACCGUCACCAGGAUUUCUACCGUAUGAAAAGCAACCUCACCCCUCCAGUCACGAGAACCAUCUUCCACAACAUCACACGGCAACAUCUGGACGACGGCAUCGUCAACUGUGCCAAAUAUUUCAUCAACUACUUCUUCUACAAAUUUGGUCUUGAGACCUGUUUUCUGUUAGCGGUGAACGUGAUUGGCCAGCGGAUGGAUUUCUAUGCCAUGCUGCACGCGUUCGGUCUGAUAGCGGUGAUGUUUCAGCGUCGGAGGAGAGCCAUCGCUCACGUCUGGUCCAAGUAUUGCUGUUUCUUGGCCUUCAUGCUGUCCUUCCAGUACCUGAUGUGCAUCGGCAUCCCUCCCGCCGCCUGCACAGAUUACCCGUGGAGACGCCCGUCGUCCAGCAUGGACUCCAACGUCAUCAAGUGGCUCUACUUCCCCGACUUCCACACCAAGCCCAACUCACUCUUCCUGCUGUACGACUUCUUGCUGCUGCUGUGCGCGUCGCUGCAGGGCCGUGUGUUCGAGGAGGAGUGUGUGACGGCCGUUCAGAUGCUGGCCGGCGAUAAUGUGGAGAUCUGUCGAGACCUGGACGCCGCCAGCUUCAGCCAACACAACCCUGUGCCCGACUUCAUCCACUGCAGGUCGUAUUUGGAUAUGCUGAAGGUGAUCAUGUUCAGCUACCUCUUCUGGUUCGUCCUGACCAUCAUCUUCAUCACGGGCACCACACGCAUCAGCAUCUUCUGCAUGGGGUACCUGGUUGCAUGCUUCUACUUCCUGAUCUUUGGAGGCGAGCUGUUGCUGAAGCCAAUCAAAAGCAUCCUUCAUUACUGGGACUUCCUCAUAGCGUACAACGUGUUCGUGAUCACCAUGAAAAACAUCCUCUCAGUGGCGGCGUGUGGAUAUAUAAAAGCGCUGGUGGCCAAUCACUGCUGGCUGAUCCAGCUCUUCAGUCUGGCCUGCACUAUAAAAGGAUAUUCAAAACCGGAGCAGAACGCACACAAGCAGUGUGAGCUGCCGAGUGACGAGGCGGGCAUCAUCUGGGACAGCAUCUGCUUCGCCUUCCUCCUCCUGCAGAGACGGGUGUUCAUGAGCUACUACUUCCUGCACGUCGUGGCCGACAUCCGGUCCUCGCAGGUCCUCGCCUCCAGAGGAGCGGAGCUAUUCCAGGCAACCAUCGUGAAGGCGGUUAAAGCCAGAAUAGAAGAAGAGAAGAAGUCGAUGGAUCUGCUGAAGAGACAGAUGGACCGCAUCAAAAGCCGACAGCAGAAGUUUAAGAGAGGGAAGGAGAGGAUGUUGUCUUUGGCUCAGGACAGUGGGGAAAGUCACUCAGUGGUGAAGGAGGAAGAGGAUGAAGAUGAAGGAGAGGUCGGUAAAGAGAAGAAGAAAGGCCAAAGGAAGCAGUGGUGGAGGCCUUGGGUUGAUCAUGCAUCCAUGGUUCGAAGUGGCAAUUAUUACUUAUUUGAGACUGAUAGCGAGGAAGAGGAGGAAGAGGACGACAAAAAGGAUGAAGAUCCUCCCAAAAGAUCCGCGUUCCAGUUUGUGUAUCACGCCUGGGUUACGGACUCGAAGACCGCCAUGAAGGAGCGGAGUAAGGAGAGGAGACGCUUCUGGCACAGAUACACGGAGAGACUCUCGCCCUCGCUCGAGCCGGAGGAAGUGCAUGUGGCCGUCGAGGAGAAUCAUGAGGAAGCUGCAGCAGAGGAGGAGGAGGAGGAGGAGGAAGGUCCAGACAACAUCAUGAAGCGAGUGUUUAACAUCGUCAAGUUCUCCUGGGUGCUGUUCCUGGCCCUGCUGGACAGCUUCACGGCCUGGCUGAACUCCAUCUGUCAGGAGCACAUCGACAUCUCCACCGUCCUGCGCAUCGAGCGCUGCAUGCUCACACACGAGGUCAAGAAGGGGAACACUCCCUCACGGGACAGCGUACACAUGUACUACCAGAGACAGAUGUGCGGCCCGGCGUCGGCUCAGUCCAGCCUGGACCGGACUGAGGACGUGUGUUCAGACUUCAGUCCUGUGAGGAGCGAGCGUCCACCCCAGGGUGACGGGGACAACCUGUCCAGUGUGUUCCCAGAAUCCACUGCGCUUUACGACCAGCCUGAGGAAACCAGCGUCCUCAAAACCAGCCAGCGGACUCGAGCCAGACUCUGCCGAGUGCCCAGCGUAGACCUGCAGUCGUCGUCUGCGGACAGUGCAGCGUCCAGUGAGCUCUCGCACCGCACAGAUCUGUACUCGCGCCAGGGCACCAGUGACACCGUCGAGGAGCCCGUGAGCGAACGAGACACACACACACACUGGGCCAGUUCUCCGGACUGGGACCGAGCCGAUAUCCCUCCCUCGUACAGUAAAGCCACGGGCCUGGAUGCGGACGCUGACGGCAGGAGGAUUCGCAUCCGGACACCCGAUGAGAGUCAGUCUAUGCUGUCCAUGAGCCAUCAGCUGACGGCCAAUGAGCUUCUGAGGAGCAGGAUGUUCCACGACGAGACGCUGGAGGAGUCGGAGCACUUCUACCGGUCUCAGCCGCAGCUCCUCCAGCUCCUCUACGCGCUCUACAACACGCUGGUGGCUCGCUCGGAGAUGGUGUGUUACCUGGUCAUCAUCCUCAACCACAUGAUCUCGGCGUCGGUGGCCACACUGGUGCUGCCCAUCCUCAUAUUCCUCUGGGCCAUGCUGUCGGUGCCCCGGCCCAGCAAGCGCUUCUGGAUGACGGCCAUCGUCUAUACGGAGGUCACCAUAGUGAUAAAAUACUUCUUCCAGUUUGGCUUCUUCCCGUUUAACCAAACCAUAGAGCGGGACAAGUCCAAACCGUUCCACCCGCCGAACAUCAUCGGUGUGGAGAAGAAAGAGGGAUACGUCCACUACGACCUGGUCCAGCUCCUCGCGCUCUUCUUCCACCGCUCCAUUCUCAAGUGCUAUGGCCUGUGGGAUGAAGAAGAGCCCCGGCCCGGCGCUCAGACGACCCUCUCUCGUGAUUCAGACAGUGAAGAGAAAGUCCCGGUGUCCAGAACACACUCCUCGGCCCGGCGUCACAGCUCCAGCGUCUCCCGGCGCUCGGCACGCUCCAAAGCAGGCAGCAGGGCGAGUGUGUGCCGCUCACUGAGCGCUCAGCAGAAAAGUCGCAAGGAGCUUAUUUUGUACAAGCUCAGAGAACAGCUCAUCAAAGCCAAGCGCUUCACCGUCAAAACGAUUCUGGAUAUCUACAUUCCCAUCCGUCAGUUCUUCUAUAACCUGAUCCACCCGGAGUACAGCGCCGUGACGGACGUCUACGUGCUCAUGUUUCUGGCCGACACGGUGGACUUCAUCAUCAUCGUGUUCGGGUUCUGGGCCUUCGGGAAACACUCUGCAGCCGCUGACAUCACUUCCUCCCUGUCGGAAGACCAGGUUCCCGAGGCGUUUCUGGUGAUGGUUCUGAUCCAGUUCGGCACUAUGGUGGUGGACCGAGCGCUGUAUCUGAGGAAGACCGUGAUGGGGAAGGUUAUCUUUCAGGUCAUCCUGGUCUUCGGGAUUCACUUCUGGAUGUUCUUCAUUCUCCCCGGCGUCACUGACAGGCGUUUCAGUCAGAACACAGUGGCCCAGCUCUGGUACUUUGUGAAGUGCAUCUACUUCGGUCUGUCGGCGUAUCAGAUCCGCUGCGGUUAUCCCACACGCGUACUGGGAAACUUUCUGACCAAGAGCUACAACUACGUCAACCUGUUCCUCUUCCAGGGCUUCCGGCUGGUGCCGUUCCUGACGGAGCUGCGUGCGGUGAUGGACUGGGUCUGGACCGACACCACGCUCAGCCUGUCCAGCUGGAUCUGUGUGGAGGACAUCUACGCUCACAUCUUUGUGCUCAAGUGCUGGAGAGAGUCGGAGAAGAGGUAUCCUCAGCCCCGGGGACAGAAGAAGAAGAAGGUGGUGAAGUACGGCAUGGGCGGGAUGAUCGUGAUGCUGCUCAUCUGCAUCGUCUGGUUUCCUCUGCUCUUCAUGUCUCUGGUCAAAUCUGUGGCUGGAGUCGUCAACAAACCGCUGGACGUGUCCGUCACCAUCACACUGGGCGGCUUCCAGGUACUCACACUCAAACCACUGCGAUCAUCCUCAACUGAAACACACAUUCUGCAACACUUCACUUAAAGCUGCAGUGUGUGA